CUGAGAUCGGCGGCGAGGAACAAGGAAGCCGGAGAUGGAUUCUCAAUGACGGAGUACCGGCUCGACGGUGUCAUCUACAGCGUUGCCACAGAUCUUGUGAUCUGCUCGGUGAGAAGGAAACAAGACAGAGCAUCCUCUGAGAUCCAGAUCAUUGACGCUAGGGUACCGCCGACUCCGACGGCUUGGUGUUUGCCACCUUGCCGAUCGACGAUGACCCAGCCGGUAAUGGGAGGAACCUUGUUUUCGUGCUAG